AUGACGACCACGAAACUCCAGCUUGAUGUAAAUGUCUAUCUGGUUCUGCUCUUUGGAGAAGUUGAAAGUGAAAGGAAAAAAGUAAAGAAGCUGGUUGAGUUUAAGCGGUCAGUAGAAACCAGACUGGCUCAGGAAAUGAAAAGAAACAAUGAGCUUCAGAAAGAACUAAGUCGAAUAAGAACACUGUUGAAGACCACCAAAAAGAAGCUGAAGGAUUAUGAGAAUGGACAAAUUGUCAGUCAACUAGGUGGUAUUCAGGAACAGAAUCAUGAACACACUGAAUCUGAAACCACUCUUAACAGACUGAAGACAAAGAUUGAAGAGUUAUCCCAGCAAUUAGAAACUGAAGCUGCAAAAGGUAGGCAUUUGGAAUCAACCAAUCAAGAACUUUCUGCGCAGGUUGCAUCCAUGAAAUUUCUACAGAAAAGCCAAGAUCGGCUAGAAAAGAGAAAACACCAGCUCGAGGAAGAAGUAGUCAGUCUGAAGCAUCAGAUUGAAACUAAUUUGAUGAACUACAGUCACAUAGAACAAUACAAGAGGGAAGUAGAGGAACAUGCUCGUAAGGAAAUCAAACAGAAGUUAGAAGAAGUCAAUUUAUUCUUGCAGACUCAACAGGCCUCCCAAGAAGCUUUGGAACAAUUGAGAGCCACAAAUGAAAGCACAAUUAGAAGCCAAUUGGAGCAGAGAAUAAAAGAUCUGGAAUUAGAGCUCAGUAAGCUUAGAACUUCACAACAAGACAGCAUUAAUCUGAAAGAUUCUGCACAGUUGGAGCUUGAAAGAUACAAAGAAUUGUAUUCAGAAGAAUUAAAACUACGUAAAUCCCUUGCAGCCAAACUUGACAGAUCAAACGAGAGGUUAGCAGAAACCAAUACUAAGCUACUAAAUGAACGUCAACGUAGUAAAUCCUUAAUUGCUACCAGCAUUAUGAAUGGAAGCGUUAACGCAACUCCUACACUCGAGAUGGGUCAGCUGCAAAGCACAAUGGGUAAUGUCGGUAACCUGGGAACUUUCAACAGAAAUCUAGGAAAUAGCUUCCUAAAUCCAGUGGAAGAUGGAAUAUCCUCUACCAACAAAGUAGAGUCAUACCUGGCUAAGAUGCAGGAAGCAUUACAAAAAAAUAUUUCCAAAGAACUUGUUCAAGCCACUGCUGAUUUGGAUAGAGGAUCUACACGGGUCUCACCUCUUGGAUCUGCUGCUGGCUCACUGAAGAGCAUAAACCAAGACCAGGACCCUGUCACUAGAGCCACAGAACAAUACCUGGAGGUUCUGAAGAAAAAUUACAUGCUUUGAGUUGUCUUGUGCCCUUUUUAAAAAAUAUUCUAUGAACAUUCUGCACAAAAGCAGGUCAAAAUAUCAGUUCUCCUGAAAAUCUGUCCAAUUUGAGAAUUUUAUUAAUACAAUAUGCUGUUUAGUUAUAACAUUCCAUGGAUUUGAUUAACUGAUUGUAAAAGCAUGGAAAGUUAUUUUACAGCACAUAGAUUUCUUUAACUAUAUUUGCUCAGGAGGAAAUUUGUAUAUCAAUCUAAAAUUAUUGUACAGAGUCUAUUCAUAUUAUUUGUUGGAAGUGACAUUUGACCAAACCAAUUCUAAUAAGUGUUAUUUAGGGACUGCAAUCUCCCCGCAUUGGUGUCUUACAGCUAUUGAACAAGUUCCCAAUUAAUGGAAUAUUCCAUAAUCUGAAUUAGUGUUUAUUGAAUUGUACAAGAUAUAAGCAUUUUAUCAAAGUACAUUUUUGCCACAAAUUAUUACAAAGUUGGUUGUUUGUGAAUAAUAGCUUGGUUAAAAUGUCUAUUCUGUUGUGGUACAGUAGUUUAUUGUCAGUGCUAAGUCUUUUUAUGGAUGUGUUUUGGUACAUACAGUAAAGCCAUUGCAUUGCACAACAAUUUCAACAUUAAAUGGUAAUGUUUA